AGAUAUGCCAGACAUUCUGGAGGGAUCUGGCUCCCUGACACCACCAUGAGAUGGACUCUUCAGCUGACCUGUAGCCGUACUUAUUUAAAAACCUUUCCCCAGAAACCAAUGACUAUAUUGUAAGGGGCGAGUGUGGCCUACCAAUUAAUGGGCGCAUCAGUCACAGAUGGCUUCUGUUUAACCUAGGCCCAGACAGCUGUGCCCGACAGAACCCUCCAUACUCCAAUCCUGAUUGGCUCUGCCUCACAGCUCCCCUUCACUGAUUGGACCGCGCGUCAAAAAAAAAAAAAAAAGAGAAAGUGGCCAGACCCUUCCCGCUCAGGCACCGUCCGAUUGGUGUUGGGGGGCAGUAGGGGGCCUGCGCUGCGCCGAGCUGAGGAAUCGGAUUGGCCGUCUCUGUCUGCGGGUGGGCUGGGGAGUGAGAUGCGGAUUGGAGGAUGUCGGGGGACUGGGAUGAAGACAUGUGCAGGAAGGUGUUGGUGCUGGUGGAGGAGCUGUGCUUCAAGUUCCCCGAGGGCCACAGCCAGAGCGAGCCCUGCCAGGAGUUCUACCACAUCAUGAGGGGCGGCAGCCGGCGCCAGGACACGGACAUCUCGGUGAGCCUCCUCUCGGUCAUCGUGACCUUCUGCGGCAUCGUCCUGCUCUCCGUCUCGCUCUUCGUCUCCUGGAAGCUCUGCUGGUUGCCGUGGCGCGACAACGGCGGGUUGAGCCUGACGGCGGGCCUGUUGCCGGGCGGCGCCGGCGCCGGUGGCCUGGGCUGCGGUGGCGGCGGCUCCUCGCUGUUGCCGCCGCUCCUGCAGCGCAAGGACACGCACUCGUCCUCCUCGCUCUACCCGUCCCUGUCGCAGCCGGCCCAGCACCACCCGCACUUCUCCGACCUGAUGGGGGUGGAGACCAGCGGCGGUGUCGGCGGCGUCGGCGGUGGGCCCGGCGGCCCGGGUGGGGGGCUGGUGGUGGGGGGAGUGGUCGGCGGGCCUCAGGAGACCCAGGAGAGCUCCUACCUGGAUAUGGACUCCUACCCCAACAACGCCGCGACUCUGAAGUUGAGCACGACGUCUCCAGAGUUGCCCCCCGUGUCUGAGGGCGCCCAGCCUCAGAAGGACCUGCCCAAUGCCCACUCCCAGCCGCAGGUCACCACCAGGCCCAAGCCCAUGACUCACCAGCUCUCCAGCCCCGAUUUCCACGGCGAGGAGAAGAGCGAGCAGGUGACCAGCAUCGGCCAGAUCAAACCGGAACUCUACCGGAUGCGCCAGGGCGACCAGGGCGACGGCAAACAGGGGGACACCUGCGGCAAGAUCAGCUUCCUCCUCCGCUACGCCUUCAACACGGAGCAGCUGGUGGUCAAAAUCCUGAAAGCGCUGGACCUGCCGGCGAAGGACGCCAACGGCUUCUCCGACCCGUACGUGAAGAUCUACCUGCUGCCAGACAGGAAGAAGAAAUUCCAGACCAAGGUCCACAGAAAGACGCUGAAUCCGAUCUUUAACGAGACAUUCCAGUUCGGGGUGCCGCUGGCCGAGCUGCACGCCAGGAAGCUGCACUUCUCCGUCUACGACUUCGACCGCUUCUCCCGCCACGACCUCAUCGGCCAGGUCGUCGUGGACAACCUGCUGGACUUCAGCGAGGGCAGCGGGGACAAGCCCAUCUGGAGGGACAUUGUGGAGGGGACGGCGGAGAAAGCGGACCUGGGCGAGCUGAACUUCUCACUGUGCUACCUGCCGACUGCCGGCAGGCUCACUGCCACCAUCAUCAAAGCCACCAACCUCAAAGCCAUGGACCUCACCGGCUUCUCGGACCCUUACGUGAAGGCCUCGCUGAUUUGUGAUGGGCGCAGGCUGAAAAAGAGGAAGACCUCCAUUAAGAAGAACACACUGAAUCCGACCUACAAUGAAGCACUGGUCUUUGACAUUCCAAAUGAAAACAUAGAGAAUGUUAGCGUGAUCAUCGCAGUUAUGGAUUACGACUGUAUCGGGCAUAAUGAGGUCAUCGGGAUGUGUCGCGUGGGUAGCGACGCAGAAGGACCUGGAAGAGAGCACUGGACGGCCAUGUUGGCGAACCCCCGCAAGCCCAUCGAGCACUGGCACCAGUUGGUUGAGGAGAAGGCCAUGACCACAUUUGUGUCAAAGAGUGCCGCAGCUUCCCCUAAGCCUCACAUUGUGGUGGAUAGCCCUCACUCUGAAUAGUCCUGUCAGCAUUAUCUCUCAAGAUUCCAGACUUUCAUUCUUUCUCUCAUCAUCUGUGAAUAGUUCUCUCCAUCAAAGAAAGAAAGAACGAAAGAACAAAAAGAAAGGGAGAAGAGGCACUACCGCUAGUGCUGUUCGGAUGCUACUGACAAAGCCUGAGACAGACACACCGCCACCAUGCAGAGAUGUCACAAUGUUGACUGGACACGGGAAGGCUCUCUCUCAAUUGCAUAGUGUACACACACACACACACACAGAGACACACACACAAAAUUCAACUCUCAUGCGC